GGUCCUCGAUCAGUCCUCAGGAGGACAAGGAGGAGUCUCGUAAAUGGACCAGAAGGAGAAAGCUCAACAUGAAAUGGCAAGCUGGACGUCCGUGAUUACGGGACACCGAAAAAAAGUGUAUAGUUUGUGAAUCACUGCAGAUAUUUUUUGGGGGUAAGGGGAGGUAGCGUUUUGGGCGAGUGAAAAUUACACCGCCACUCGCUCUCGAAUGGCGAGUGCAUGCUGUCAAAAUUUAGUUUCCAACACUAUACACAGAUUAUAAACACAAAAACGAUACACUGUAUUUGCUUUUCAUGUGGGCUGCAUACUAUAAAGUGUUUCACCAUAAGAUUGUAAGCUCGUGACUGGCACCAGGAAAAGCUUGCAAUUUCAGUUAUCAGGUGCGACACCCAUUGCAUUACAAAGGUCACGAAUUGUUGAUUUCGAUGGACAUCAAAACGUCUUGUUAAACCUACUAGUUUAAAUACCUCAAACGCCUCCAAUGUUUAAGGUGACUAAUAGCACGAUUCUUUAUGAGAAUAUCAUAGAAAGGAAAACGAAAUUCAAAAGACCAGAAAGGCUGGUGAAAGCAGACCAAGUUUAACAGGUAAUUGCUGGGAGUAAAUAGGCCCGCAAAAUGGGAAAAGGAAGCCAAUUAUUGCUACUAUUAUGGAAAAAUCUUGUCCUUCUAAAGAGAGCUCCAGUGCGAACAUUCUCCCAAAUUGCAAUGCCACUGUUUUUCCUAGUCAUCUUGGUUCUAUUACGAGCAUUUGUCGUCAAAGAUGAACAUAGACCAAAUGUUACUUACUCUGCAUUUAAUGUAAAAGAACUGCCACCAGUUUUGACUAAUGAAUCAAAAUGGAAAAUGGCUUUUGCACCCAACACAAGUGAUGUGCGACAGGUUAUGGACAUGGUUGCAAAACAACUGUCACUUGUUAGAGUCACUGGAUUUCGGAAUGAGGACGAAAUGGUCAGAGUUCUGGUUAGUGAAGAACAAAAUAGAAACAAACCAUCUAAUGAUGCCUUGUUUCUCGGUGGGAUUGCCUUCAAUAAGAGUCUUAACAGUGGUGAUAUCAUCUACAAAAUUCGACUUAGUUCAAAAUCAAAGAAAAACGAAAGAGAACAGAGAUCGGAAUUUGGCAUAUACCCAUCUAUCAGUUGGAAUACCCAGUUCACGUUUCCCGUUUUUCAGGCUCCAGGACCUAGAGAAUCAAAUUCUACGUAUGGUGGGCCUCCUUAUUAUUUUGAAGACGGAUUUCUGUCACUUCAACAUGCUGUGGAUUUUGCUAUCAUCAAGUACAAAGGGAACAUGUCGGAUGUGAAUACGAUAGUGUCUGUGAAGAGAUUUCCGUACCCAGAUUGUAUUGAUGAUCCUUUGACAGUGGCCAUACAAACAACACUUCCUUUACUUUUGAUGUUGUCUCUUAUAUUCAUUGCCUUGAAUAUUGUUCGAGAUAUUGUUUAUGAGAAAGAGAAGAAGUUGAAGGAAUCAAUGAAGAUGAUGGGACUGAAUGGCUGGCUUCACUGGUUGGCAUGUUUCGCAAAAUACUUUAUAUUGCUCCUUAUCACAAUGGCGUUAGCUACAAUGUUAUUCACAGUAAAAUACAAUGAGAAUGGUCGUAUCUUGGAGAAAAGCUCACCAUUUCUAAUAUUUGUUUUCUUAACACUUUAUGCAAUAUCAUCCAUCAUGUUCUGCUUCUGUGUCAGUGUGUUCUUCUCCAAGGCAAACAUCGCCGCAGCUGCUGGGGGAAUAAUCUGGUUUGUUAGUUACAUUCCAUACUUCUUUGUCGCACCAAAUUACGACACAAUGAGCUUAGGAGCCAAGGCAACAUCUUGCCUACUUUCUAAUGUCGCAAUGUCAUUGGGCGCUCAGUUGAUAGGGAAAUUUGAAGGAGCUGGUACAGGAGUUCAGUGGUCAAAUCUCAAUCAAAGAAUAUCCGUUGACGAUGAUUUUACACUUGGUCUUGUCUUGGUGAUGUUUGUGGUAGAUUCAUUCAUUUAUGGCUUGAUUGCUUGGUAUGUGGAAGCUGUCUCUCCUGGUGAUUAUGGAGUUCCGCAACCCUGGUAUUUCCCUGUUUUAUCCACCUACUGGUGCGGAAAGAGCAAAGAGGUUAGAAUGCUAGAGACUGGAACUAUUAAUGACAUCGGAUCUGGAAUGUCGGUACCUCAGGAAUUUUUAGAAAAAGAACCGGUGGGUUUGGAACCAGGGAUUGAAAUAAGAAACCUCAAGAAAGUGUUCAACGCUGAGAAAGGAGAGAACGUAGCUGUUAAUGAAGUUUCCAUGAACAUGUAUGAAGGUCAGAUUACUGCACUGCUGGGACACAAUGGAGCUGGGAAAACAACAUUGAUGUCCAUGCUAACAGGACUCUUUCCUGCUACAUCUGGCUCAGCACUUGUCAAUGGAUGCUCUAUAAGUGACGAUAUCACUGGAGUGCGCAGCAGUCUAGGUCUUUGCCCACAGCAUGACGUGCUGUUUGACCGUCUUACUGUUGAGGAACAUUUGUGGUUCUUUGCCAAGUUAAAGAACUGCCCAUCUUGGCGGGUGAAAGAUGAGAUUGACAGAAUGAUCGAGUGUAUUGGACUGACUGACAAGCGACACACGCAGGCCCGUGCACUGUCUGGUGGAAUGAAAAGAAAGCUCUCUGUUGGAAUAGCACUCAUCGGUGACUCCAAGGUUGUAAUGCUGGAUGAGCCAACAUCUGGCAUGGACCCGUCAGCUCGCAGGUUCACCUGGGAUUUGUUGCAGCAGCAGAAGGAAGGAAGGACCAUCUUGCUCACCACUCACUUCAUGGACGAAGCAGACAUUCUUGGUGACAGGAUCGCCAUCAUGGCCGAGGGUAACAUUAAAUGCUGUGGUUCUCCCCUUUUCCUCAAAAACAAAUAUGGCGUGGGCUACCACAUGGUCAUCGUAAAGGAGCCUAAUUGUGAUGUUUCCAGGGUUACUGCUUUGGUCACUAGUCACGUACCUACAGCAAAAGUGGAGAGCAACAUUGGUGCUGAACUGUCAUAUAUUUUGCCAAGUGAAGCAACCGGCAAGUUUGAGGAACUCUUUAUCGAGUUGGAAACGCGCCGAAACGAUCUUGGAAUCGCCAGUUAUGGCGUUUCAGUUACCACGAUGGAAGAAGUAUUCCUCAAGGUUGGGGAAGAAAUGGACAGCACUCUCAGCGAUAAACUUCAACGGAACGUAUUGAAAGUCCAAGAAAAAUCUCCAUCUGGUAACGGAAUGCAAAUGAAUGGAGCUGUUCCAGUAGCAAGUGAAAGAUCUUCAGUUCUAGCACGCAUGAGUGCCUUCAGAUCAUCUAACGGUAGCUAUGGCACGUUUGGUGACUACAACAGUUACGCGCACUCUUCGGGUUUCCGCCUGUUUCGUCAGCGGUGGUACGCGAUGUUUGUAAAGCGACUGCUGCACACCAAGAGACACAAGCUGGCGAUUGUAUCUCAGCUUGUUCUUCCUCUAAUAUUCACGCUUCUUGCACUCGUUAAUGCAAUGAGCAUCCGAAAGCCCAAGGACUCUCCACCGCUCACUCUGUCCACACACAACUUCAUGGAGAACUAUGUACCCUGGUCGGCAGACAGGUUCAGUGACGCACGUUACCUAGCAAAUAAUUACACAACUCAGUGGUCUGAUGACAAGACACAUCCUGAGCACGUGACUGGUGACAUGGUCCAUUACUUGAUGAGUCGAGCUCUGGACAUGGGACUCGGUGACUUCAACAGGAAAAAUUUGAUUGCUGCCACUUUUAUGAUGCAAAAUGACAAAGUUAAUGCGACCGCGUGGUUCAAUAACCAAGCCUACCAUUCUAUCGCUGUGUCUCUUGCGGCUGCAGAUAACGCCAUCUUGCGUUCUACUCUCGGAACCAACUUUUCAUUAACGACCAUUAACCACCCACUGCCCAGAACAGCACAAGAAUCUAUCAGUGAUUUACAACGCAAUGGCCUCGGAUUCAACAUCGCGUUCAACGUGUUAUUUGGCAUGGCUUUCUUGGCUUCAAGCUUUGUUGUGUUUCUUGUCCAGGAACGAACGAACAAAGCCAAACACGUGCAGUUUGUCAGCGGUGUGGAUCCAAUAAGCUACUGGAAUUCCGCCUACACGUGGGACUUGAUCAACUUCCUUGUACCCACCCUCUCGAUUUUAAUCCUUGUGGCCGCUUUUGACGUCCCAGCUUACACAGGUCCUCGUCUAGGUUACUUGUUUCUCUUGUUGAUGUUUUACGGCUGGGCCACUAUUCCUCUCAUGUAUCUCUUCUCGUUCGUGUUUCGUACCGCUUCCACGGCCUUUGUAGUGCUAUCUAUUUUCAACAUCAUCACAGGGCUGGCUACACUUCUGACCGUCUUUAUUCUAAGUAUUCCAGAUCUAGACCUCUUAGACGUUGCCGACGCUCUGAAGUGGGCCUUCCUUGUUCUACCCAACUACAACCUCGGCCAGGGUAUGGGUGACAUGUUCAACAACUACAAUGCUAUAGAACUUUUCAACUCUGCUGUUGAUAUGUGUGUUACGACGUACCACAUCCCCAGAACAAACUGCGAAGAAGAAAUUCGAAAAAUAGGCGGCGACAGGCUACAGUUUCAGGAUAAUUACCUGGCCUGGGACAAUCCCGGCAUCGGACGUUACCUGAUAUUUUUGGCCUGGGAAGGAAUCUUUUUCUUCGCGCUAGUGCUGUUGAUCGAGUAUCGCGUGUUUGACGCGUGCACGAGAGUUUUGGCGCGUUUGCGUUCAUACUCUACCGGAGUGUUUACAAUGGAGGGGUCAACCUUGACUGACGAUGAGGAUGUUUUAGCGGAGAAAGAAAGAAUCUUGACGUCUGAAGACAACGAUGAUGUGCUUGUUAUCAAGGAGCUGAGUAAAGUCUUUGCUGGAAAUGGCCGUCGUGGGCCAUUGGUUGCAGUGGAUCGUUUGAGCCUGGGUAUCCCCAUGAGUGAGUGUUUUGGUCUUCUGGGAAUUAACGGCGCCGGAAAGACUACCACGUUCAGGAUGUUGACUGGUGACGAGACCAUGUCAGGGGGGACAGCUUUGGUGGAAGGGUUUGACAUCAGAACCAACAUGAACAGGGUUCGUCAGCGUAUUGGUUAUUGUCCACAGUUCGAUGCUUUGAUCGACCAGUUGACCGGAAGAGAGCUGCUUUACAUGUACGCACGGCUACGAGGCGUACCGGAAGGGCUGAUACCCGACGUUGCCGAGGAUCUCAUUAACGCUUUAAUGCUCCAGGAACAGGCUGAUAAGUUAACCAGUUCAUACAGUGGUGGCAACAAACGAAAGCUGAGCACCGCCAUAUCACUGGUAGGGCAUCCCCCAGUGGUGUUUCUGGAUGAGCCCACUACUGGUAUGGACCCAGUGGCGAGAAGAUUAUUAUGGGAUGCGCUGUCACGUGUUCGAGCUGAUGGAAGAUGUAUCGUGAUUACGUCACAUAGUAUGGAAGAGUGCGAGGCUCUGUGUACCCGACUCGCUAUCAUGGUAAACGGACGACUGAAAUGCUUAGGAAGUCCUCAACAUCUCAAAGCCAGUUUUGGCGAAGGCUACACUUUGCUCGCGAGGGUAUCCAGUGAUACACCCGAUAUCACACCGCUGAAAGAAUUUAUAGAAGGCUCAUUCCCUGGUAGUGUGUUGAAAGAUGAACAUCAGGGCAUGGUCCACUAUCACAUCUGCGACACCAGGGUAACGUGGGCUCAGCUGUUUGGAACAAUCGAGCGAGUUAAGUUGAAUUUCAACAUUGAGGAUUAUUCUGUUAGUCAGACCACGUUGGAGCAAGUGUUUCUGAACUUCGCGCGAGGACAGAGAGCAGAAGAUGAGUGAAUGUGUACUUCAUGAACAGUAGUUAGAUACCAAAAUAAAUUGUUAAGAUUUAAGUUGUUCUGAUAUAAAAGAUUCUAUCUCAAGAAGUACGAACGACUCCAUCCGCAAACUUGAGACGGUUUAUUCCUCACAAAAAUUACAAACCAUAUGCUUCAAACAUAUGGAUACGAAAUUUCUUAUACUUGUGGACAAACAAAAUUUACAUAAUUGCGAAGGCGCCCGUACGCUAUCUACAGUUCAUUCGCACAAGCGAAUUCCAGCGAAAUUUAUUCACAUCAGAUACACUAUCAGAUUACAUUUUCUUUUCAGUAUAUUUGUAAUCAGUUGAGAAAUUUGUCUACAGUUAAAUAGUCUGGGGCAGCGAUGGAGCGAGGUCUAUAAAUAAAGCAUUGUCAUUGUUUUUAUCACAUAUUAAAACGAUUAUGAUUGUGGGUAACAUGGACGCGAGUUUCCAGUUUUAUCCUAUCCCUACCAGAAGUGUCAAUGAAUUUUUACACUUUUUAAUGCUAUAAAAUAGAGCCAGUUUUAAAUUGUUUUGUAAGUGUCAGCGAUAACUUCAGCGUCAAACACAUUAAGUUUGUGUUUCACGUGUAUAUACAGGACUAGGAUAGUCCAGUAGUUACGUUCUCUCUCAAAACGGUCCGCCACUGUACAACAGACUUCUCCGCUGACAUUAGAUAUCUUUAAAGGUGCAUUUACGCGACAUUCAUUUUGGGCACGGCUUUCCAAAAUUUUGGCACGCGGGCCGAUAAUUUUGGGCACGGCCUGCUUGAUUUACACGGCAGAACAGGUUCAAUUUUUUUCAAUGUUGAUCAGUCUGAACGGCACCCCUGAAACAAGAACGGCACUCUUACAUUUGUGAGUCCCUGUGCUUAUGUGAGAGCGGCUCACAUUUGAUUUCAGGCGCGCUUUCGUAGGCUGUUCAAAAAUAAAAUGGCAGAUUCUCGAGUACAAAAAGCGAUUGUAUGGCUUACUGUAUUGAAAUAGCGAGAACGCCUGUCGUAAAUGAGGGACGAAACAAGGUCGUCCCUAGCACCACUCUUACAUGCAUUAAUAGAGUAGCUCGUGGAACAUUUAAAUACAUUCUCCACGAAACUGGUGAUGAUGAGAUAUCUCGACAAGACACUCCAAUGCGAAAAGCUGUUACGCCAAAAUCGACGACUAGCAAUAACUUUGUACUACCUUGUGCUACCUGGCCUCUAGUAGAAUGUGUUGCUUAACCGUACCGUGUUGUAUACCUCCCUAGUUUCCCUUGAGGUUUUGCUAUUUCCUAACGCGAAAUGGGCACAUGUAGUUUCCUCCGACCACAGGUCGAUUAACAUAUCUGUGGCAUCGUUGCUCCACAUGCAAAAGUUGCCACGAUUCUUCGACGCCAUCUUUCUUCCCGCGAAAAGUACAAGAUUUUGGCCCCCUUAAGACUCAUUUUCGACCUCAAUGCCUUCGCUUUCGUGGUCGUCAUGAGCGUAAAGACUCUGGGGACGAGAAUACCUCUGGUUUCGGCAGGCAGACCUCUUUUUAGGCGGGCCAAGACUACCCCCUGAGAUGGUCUCGGCCCGGCUAAAUUUUUCGGCAAGCGGGCUGUGCCCUAUAUUAUUGGCCCCCGUGCCAAAAUUUAGGACUGCCGUAUCCAAAAUGAAUAUCGUGUAAAUGCGCGUUAAUAGACACCUGUCACUCAAGCCGAGAUAUCAAGUGAAAUAUAUUACGUAAUUAUCGAUUUAUGGUAGAUUUAAUUCUUGUAUAGAUUUGUAGGUCAGUCCGGUGGAUGAUAUUCAAUUUUUUUAACGUAUAUUUAAGUAUGCUGUUAGAAAAUAGUUGUUGACUUGUUGAAAAAAAGGAAUAGAUUUUAAUUGGUUAAAGUAGUUUUAAUUUACAAAAUAACUGAGCUACUACGCGCGCUCUCAUUGGUCGAUAGGUGUGUUUAGAUGAGAGU